AUGGCCGACGAAGCAGCUCGCGCUCACGCCGCUGAAGUGGCGCGCGCUAAUGAAGAAGGAAGAGAUCCACCUCCUCCUCCUCCUAAUCCACAAGAUCCUGCUGGAGAUGUGAAUGUGCAACCUCAAGCGGAGCACCAAACAAUCGGAGACUAUGACUCUGCCGAUGCUUUCUUCAUGGAUAGAAACCCUAUCCAUCCACCACUUCCUGCAAGGAAUGACUAUGAGAUCAAGCCUCAGAUCAUAGCAUUGUGCAAGCUCUUUUCAUUCUCUCUUGGCGACAAAGCUUCAAGAUGGUUGAAGUCUCUGCCAGCUCACUCCAUUACCACUUGGGAUGAGUACAAGGCCGCUUUCAUCAACCACUUCUACACCAAGCAAAGAUCAGUUUCUGUAAGGAACAAGAUCUCCAACUUUCGCCAAGCCAACAAUGAAUCUUUCUAUGAGGCGCUAGAUCGAUUCAAGGAGUACAUUAGGGACUGCCCUAAUCAUGGUUUCAAUGAGGGAAACCUAUGGAACAUCUUCUAUCGUGGCAUAGACCACAAGUACAAGCUUUCAUUGGACACUGCAAGCAAUGGAAACUUCAUGACCAAGACUGUUGAUGAAGCUAAGGUUCUUAUUGAGAAUCUUGCAGCUAGUGAUUGUAACAACUGUCCUGAUUAUGACCGCUCAAGCCGCACCACUACUAGCUCCCCUGAUUCUUUUCAAAUGACUGAACUCAAGAACAUGAUGGCUCAAGUUCUUAAGGGACAGCUCAAGCAUAUCAAUGCAAUAGAAGGGAUGAGUGAUGCUAAUGAAGACCCAUCAAGAGAAUGCAUGGGAGAUUUCUCUAAUGAAGCCAAUGAAGAAGAUGUGAACUACAUUGGAAACUAUGGGAACAAGGGAUACAAUCCAAGCUAUCGCCCAAACCCCAACAUGUCUUAUAGAAACCCCAAUGUGGAGAAUCCUCAAGACCAAGUGUAUCCUCCAAGGUAUCCACAACAACAAAGACCUCCUUACCAAUCUCAAGGAAGUCAAUUUCAGCCAAGGCAAGGGUAUGAGCAGAGAUCAUCAUAUCCGCCCAAGGAGCCAUAUGCUUCUUCACCAAAUCAAGCUCCUCCAAACCAACAAGGUGGGAGAUUUGAAGGAAUCCUCCAACAGAUCAUGGAUGGCCAGAAGAGAAAUACAAAGAGAUGUAUGAGAAGAUGGACACUUUGUUCAGCAAUCUCAACACCAAGUAUGAUGCUGUUGCCACUCAUGUGA